CCUUAUCAGUAUACAGCUCGCGAUGGUAUAGGAGGGAAGUUGGAGCAGCGCAGAAUCUCGCUCUCGCCCUCUCCCAUGGCGUCCCUUCUCCUUGGGAACCCGCCAUGUAGUCGGUUUCCCCUUCUACCAAGGCAUGAAGCCCUGUGCACGGUUUCUCAUGGCCAUACUCUGGUGCAGAGACUGCCUUCGAGCGAUUCUCGGUUGUGCACGGCUACCCCCCAACGGAGGUGGAAGGAAGGGUUCAUCGUUCGGGCGGAGGAGAAUGCGAAGAGCUCGAUUCAGCCCCCUCCUACCGUCGACGUUGAUGAGGAGUACGAUGAAAUCCUGUCUAGACCUGGAACAUGUGAUCCUUUGUGCUCUGUUGAUGAAAUGAGCUCUCUUGAUUUUGAAGCUAACUACCAACCAAAAACAGAUUUGCUUAAGGCUCUUUCAAUCUUUGCAUUAUCUGCAGCAGGAGCAGUUGCAAUUAAUCAUUCUUGGGUGGCCGCAAAUCAGGACCUUUCUAUGGCAUUGGUAUUUGCUUUGGGUUAUGCUGGCAUAAUUUUUGAAGAGUCUCUAGCAUUUAACAAAAGUGGUGUGGGACUUGUGAUGGCAGUCUGCUUAUGGGUCAUUCGGAGCAUAGGGGCACCGUCAACAGACAUUGCUGUUUCAGAAUUAACCCAUGCAUCUGCUGAAGUUAGUGAGAUAGUGUUUUUCUUGCUUGGUGCAAUGACCAUUGUUGAAAUAGUUGAUGCACAUCAAGGCUUCAAAUUGGUAACAGACAACAUCACCACUCGAAAGCCUCGUUCCCUUCUUUGGGUGGUUGGGUUUGUCACCUUCUUCCUAAGUUCAGUAUUGGACAAUCUUACAUCCACAAUUGUGAUGGUGUCACUACUGCGAAAGCUGGUGCCCCCUUCUGAAUAUAGAAAGUUUCUUGGAGCUGUUGUUGUUAUUGCUGCAAACUCUGGAGGUGCUUGGACACCUAUUGGUGAUGUUACGACAACCAUGUUGUGGAUUCAUGGUCAGAUAUCAACCUUACCAACAAUAAAGGAUUUGAUUAUUCCAUCGGCAAUUUCUUUGGCUGUUCCACUAGCUCUAAUGUCCCUCACAAGUGAAGUUGAUGGUAAAGCACAAAAAGCUCCAGUUGUUUUGGCAUCAGAGCAAAUGGCCCCUAGAGGGCAACUUGUUUUUGCUGUUGGAGUUGGUGCUCUGGUGUUUGUUCCUGUGUUUAAGGCUGUAACAGGCUUGCCUCCUUACAUGGGUAUGCUGCUUGGUCUUGGAGUCCUCUGGGUUUUGACCGAUGCAAUCCAUUAUGGCGAAUCUGGAAGGCAAAGUCUAAAAGUACCACAAGCUUUAUCUAGAAUCGACACACAAGGAAUCCUCUUCUUCCUUGGAAUUCUUCUCUCUGUGAGCAGUCUGGAGGCCGCGGGCAUUCUGAGAGAAUUGGCAAAUUACCUGGACGCCAACAUUCCCAGUCUUGAGCUGAUUGCAAGCUCAAUAGGUUUUGUGUCUGCUGUGAUAGACAAUGUACCUCUUGUUGCUGCUACCAUGGGAAUGUAUGAUCUUACAUCUUAUCCAAUGGAUGCUGAGUUUUGGCAGCUGGUCGCAUUUUGUGCUGGUACUGGAGGAUCAAUGCUUGUCAUUGGCUCUGCCGCAGGGGUUGCCUUCAUGGGGAUGGAAAAAGUGGAUUUCUUUUGGUAUAUGAGAAAGGUGAGUGGGUUUGCACUGGCAGGCUAUGUGUCUGGGAUCGCUGCAUAUCUAGCACUGCAUAACUUUGGCAUAUCAAUUCCUGCAACGCUGGCUCAUGUUCCGCUCCUUUCCGGCUCAUAGGGAGUUCCGUCAGUGGCUGGUUUGGUGGUACAUUACCAUCUGACUUGUACAACUUGGUCUUCUGAAGAAUCACAAGUUUACCUCUGCAGAUCUAAUUUUUUCAGCGACUUGUGGCCUUGAUGGGAAUAUGUGAUCAACCAAGAACACUUGUGAUCCGUUUCCAUUUGAUGGGUGUGAAUGUUACUGAAACGCUCAUACCAAGAAUGUCUGUAACUGUUUCAGGGCUGUUGCUCUGGCAUGUCAUUGGGCCCAUUUCCUUGGUGAUGCAGGAAAGGAAAUAAUUCUCACAAAUGAAAAGUUGUUGGAAAAUUUUACGGAAAGGACUGGUUUCGAGUAUCAGAUGCCAUGGGAAGGAGUGGAUGUUGAGUGUUCAAGUUAUUUGUUGAAAGCAAGUACAUCUGUAUGAAUUUUUCACUGCGGUGUAACACCUAGAGUGCUGUAGACUUCACAAAGAGCCGUUGGAAAUAGCUAUCAUGAUGGUACUGAGGCUGGUUGUGGUAAGAUCACCAUCAAACGCUCCAAAUAUCAGGAGCUAUUGAACAAGAAGUUUUCAGUCCGUAGGACUGCUCAGUGUUAUGGGCUUUGUCAUGUUAGUUUAUGUAGUAGGAUGCUAAAGUAUAUUUCACUCACGGAUUCUUUGGAA